CGUUCUGCGAGGAGCUGCUGUCGCGCAGUAUCGUCUGAUGUCUUUUUACUGUCUCACUCUGCAUAACCUGGUUUACAGCUUUGGACAAGGAAGAUGGCUUGUUUUGGCAUUGGUAAUAAGACCAAAGGCAAAUGUGGAGAAGAAGAGGAGAAGGCACGGAGAGAAGCAAACAAAAGGAUUGAGAAACAGCUUAAAAAAGAUAAACAGCAAUACUAUAAAUCUCACAUGCUCCUACUACUAGGAAAUUGGGACUCAGGGAAAAGCACAAUAUUCAAUCAGAUGCGAUUGUUGGACACAGAAUUAACUGCAGAGGAGAAAUACAUGCAAUACAUGCAACACAAAAAUGCUUCAGGCAUUUUUGAGACAUAUUUCAGAGUAGGAGAAUACGUUUUUUAUUUGUUCAAUGACAGAGGUGGAUGGAGAUCCAUAAGGAGAGUGUUUUGGGACCAGUCGGCCUAUAUUUUAGUGGUGGACAGCAGCAGCUAUGAUAUGGUGUGUCGGGGAGACAAUCAGACCAACCAACUGCAGGAGGCACUAAACAACUUAGAGAACCUCUGGCGCAGAAUGCGGACAAUGCACCGUUCUGUCUUCCUCUUUUUGAACAAACAGGACCUGCUAGCAGAGAAGGUGUUGGCGGGGAAAUCUAAAAUAGAGGAUUAUUUUCCAGAGUUUGCACACUACACUUCGCAUGAACAUACAACACCAGUACAAGGGGAGGAUCCAAGGGUCACCAGGGCAAAGUACUUCAUACGUGACAAGUUUUUGAAGAUCACAGCCAGUGGAGAUGUGGAUAUGCACAAAUGUUUUCCUUUUUUCACCUGUGCAAUCGACUUGGAAAACAUCCAGCGUACCUUCAGAGACUGUGGAGAUAAGUUAAGCUUUUGCUCGUCAUGAAUGCAACAAAGAAAGGAAGGUCCUCAGCUGGCAGGCUGUAUGAAGAGAUGCCCGGGAGAAGACCUCAGACUGGAUGCCCCUCUGCAUCUCCUCAGUCAGCUCCUGAGAGCUUCCCAGGCCCAUGUUGGCAGACAUCUUCGACUGAAACCUCAAAUUGAACUUAGAGCAAACUUUUUAGUCUAGCGCUAUUGAAAGUUUCCCCAUUAGAGACAAUGGAAAAUACUAAAACUCUUCACAAAAUUUACAAGACCCUUAGAUGAGUUCAGUGUUAUUUUUCUCCUUCAAUGAAACCUCUCCAGUCAUUGUUCUUCAUUAUAGAGUUGCGGUUAUAUCCCUAGUUUAGCUCAGGACCACUAUAUCAUGAUGGAGGAUCAAGGUGAUUGCCAGACGACAUCAACAGCAGCCAGCUGUGAAUGAGGUAGUUUUACAUAAAUAACAUGGCACACACAGCAGCCUAUUCUACUUCUGCCUGAACAGAACCGAGGAAGCUGCAAUGCUCUUGUCCUGACCCUCUAUUUUGCUUUUAAUAUCUGUGUAAAUGUGUUUUAUCUGGUCAUCAUUCUGCAAAUAGUGGCUUGUCAAACCUUUAUCUUAAAGUGCACACAGAGUAGGAAACAGCAAGUAGUUCAAGUUGGGCAACUACUGUACAAAUGGUCUGUGACUGUCAUGUAUCCCUUUAUUGGCUUGGCAUUAACAAAAAGAAGAGUUUGUACAAACAUGGAGAGGUAAUGGCUUUUAAAUGGUAAUGAAUCUGAAUUGCAAAACAAACCUAUAUGCUAUAUGUUCUAAAUAUCCAAUUCUACUUGAGAAAUUAGACAGUUUCAAUGAAUUUAUUGACCCUAGAAAUGGGUAAAAACUCAACCAGUACACAGUACAAACUUCAUCCUCAUGUGGUUAGGGUGUUGCAUAACAGUGUCAUUGCUUUAUCGCUCAACUCUUUCAACAUGCUACAACAGCCUGAGUUCGUCACUUUCUGUUCUCUUGCCAAUCUAAUUCCAUAAAGGAGUUGGCAAGAGAGCAGAAACAGACUGGCACCCAGGCUAGCUACGGUAUUCAAAAUAACUAUGCUAUCUGGCUAUCUGGCAAUAUUUAUGAAUAGUUCUCAGUACAAAUUAUAAUAAACAAGAAAUCCAUAUUCUGUUAGCAGGUUUACAACAUUUUGGCAACUAGAAAGGCUUCAAUAACAUGCAAUGACACUUUAAAAAAGGAAUGAUGUGCUUUGAACUGUACAUUAUAGGUGCAAAUGCAUUCAAAUAAACACUGUUACUGGGAGUGUCUAGGAUAUUGCGAGAUGUGCUGAAAGAAUAAAGAAGUUGCAGCUGAAA